GUCAGCUUUACGUCUCCAAAUUUCUACUUCGCGGAUCCGCUUCAAAGAGGCAGCUGCCGUGGCGGAGCAUCAUGUUAAGCUCGGCUCCCGCGGCGGCGGAGAGCCCGAGGUAGCCCGGCCCCCGUGAUGGAUUUUGAUGAGCGUGGUCCCUGCUCCUCUAACAUGUACUUGCCAAGUUGUACUUACUACGUCUCGGGCCCAGACUUCUCCAGCCUCCCUUCCUUCCUGCCCCAGGCCCCGUCUUCGCGCCCCAUGACAUACUCCUACUCGUCCAACCUGCCCCCGGUCCAACCCGUGCGCGAGGUGACCUUCCGCGAGUACGCCGCCAUCGAGCCCGCCGCCAAGUGGCACCCGCGCGGCAACCUGGCGCCCUGCUACGCGGCGGCCGAGGAGCUGGCGCACCGCGACUGCCUGCAGGCGCCCGGCGCGGCCGUGCCCGGCGAGCUGGCCAAGGGCGCCGGCGUCUACCACCACCCCGCCCCCGCCGUCUCCUCCGGCUUCUAUAGCGCCGUGGGCCGCAACGGCGUCCUGCCGCAGGCGUUCGACCAGUUUUUCGAGACGGCCUACGGCUCCGCGGACAACCUCGCCUCCGCCGACUUCCCCGGCAGCGGCGACAAGAGCGCCGAGAAGGGGCCCCCGGCGGCCGCGGCGGCCACGGGCGCGCCGGCAACUUCAAGUUCGGACGGCGGCGGCGGCGGCGGCGGCGGCUGCCGGGAGGCGGCGGCGGCGGAGGAGAAGGAGCGGCGGCGGCGCCCGGAGAGCAGCAGCAGCCCCGAGUCGUCCUCCGGCCACACUGAGGACAAGGCCGGCGGCCCCGGUGGCCAGCGCACCCGGAAAAAGCGCUGCCCCUACACCAAGUACCAGAUCCGGGAGCUGGAGCGGGAGUUCUUCUUCAGCGUGUACAUCAACAAGGAGAAGCGGCUGCAGCUCUCCCGCAUGCUCAACCUCACCGACCGGCAGGUCAAAAUCUGGUUUCAGAACAGAAGGAUGAAGGAAAAAAAAAUUAACAGAGACCGCUUACAGUAUUACUCGGCCAACCCUCUCCUCUAAGGCUCCCGCCAGCUGGAAUCAGGGUGGGGGGCUGCGCACACGGGAGAUUAUACGCAGAUUUUGCCCUUGACAAGGUCAAGGCACAGCGCGGUGACUUUGGCAGAGAGGAGGUGUGCCAGAGAGGGGCCACUCGGGGAGACAGCCUCCAGGGAGGCUGCCUGGUACUCUCUUGGGCACCCGUGGCUAAGAUCCCUAACAAUUGGAUUCAGAGGAUUGUGUGCAUCCACCAGCAUGAAUGGUGUGGGACCCCUGGUGGUUCAUUCAUGGAGACUGCGAGCUUCAGGCUGGGUGUGGUCUCCGCCAGGCCCCCCGGGGGACCGACCCCCACCCAGGACCCUCCACUUGGAGCCUGCCACCCCCCGGAGUCCCUGCAUCCAGAAGCCAGUCCAUCUCCCAAACCAGUUCAGCUUGGGGACAGGAGCAGGAGGAGAGGGGUGGGGGGAUCCUAGAUGCCCAGCAUGGGGCUGCUCUCCAGAGCCAACGUGAAAGGUGACCGGACUAAGGUGGCUGUGAGGUGGGAGAGGGCUGCUGAUUCUUGAGAGAAAACAAAAAACAAAACCCUAGGAUUCCAGUGGCCCUCCACUCCUCCCAGCCCCUCACCGCACUGUCUCAACCCUGAGCUUCUUAGCAGUUGCCUCCUGCAGCCCACCCAGUCUUCCUUGGCCAGGAGGGUCUUCGUCCUGGCCUCUGCUCAGGCAGGUUGAAGCCUGCGUGCAGAGGAUCCUAGUCCCCAAGGUGGGAGACAUCACAAAGCCAAGAGGCUGUGCUGGGCGCUGGCCCCUCCAUCUCUGCAGGAAAGGCCGGAGUGCAGCAGCCUGGCACAGCUUCUGCCACACAUAACAGAAGCUCGGAUUUGCUCAGCAGAGGAGCCACCCGGCCAGCCAUCCUCAGCUUUGAGGGGCGCAAGUCCCCCAAAACACCCGGUUCCAGCGCCACCCUCUCACCCUUCGAGGCCCCGGAACUGAGCUUGGAAGCUUCCAGCAACCUUCCAAGGGCGGAAGAGUGAUUUGGAAUUAUUUUAAAAGAUAAAUAUUAUAUUAUAUAUGUAUAUUUCCCUGCAGGAACCAAAGCAAAUUUUAAAAGAUGCAAUGUAGAGAGAGAGAGAGAAAAAAGAUGAUGAAGAUAUUUAAAGGCUCUAUCUGUUUACAGUGUCCCACGGUUAAACUCACUCACUGCUAAGAGUAUUUGAAUGUACGCUUCAUACAGGGAUGGUGUUCAAAAGACUUGUAAAUAAAGAAACCAUAACCUA